UAUUAGGUGAAAAUUCGUCGACGAGGCAUUAACUAAAUUGUUGUGAAAAUGAGAGCACUUUCGCUUCUUCCCGCACAGCUUGUGCUCACAGUUUCGAGGCGCGUUCUCUCCACCAAAGGCUUCAACACAUCACUCACUGAGUCAACUCGUUUUCCCACUCGACCUCUUCAUAGAGCUACUCGAAUUCGGGCUUUAAAAAUGACCACCGAGUCGACCUCGCCAGAACUCACUCAUGCGAUCACCCUCCCGGCUCAACUCGACCAAUGCGUCACCGUUGUAGCCGCCGCCGGUGUCUCAGAGUCUGAUUUCAGGAAUGCCAUAGAAUGUUCUUUAUUCAAACAAUGGUUGAAAAACAUUCAAACAGAAAAUGGGCUGCUUUCUAAUGGAGACAUGUCUUUAAGACAGGUUAUCAUUCAGGGAAUAGACAUGUUUGGGAAGCGUGUUGGAUUUUUGAAGUUCAAAGCAGAUGUAGUUCAUAAACAAACAGGGAAUAAGGUUCCAGGAAUAGUGUUUGCACGAGGACCAGCUGUUGCUGUACUGAUCCUGUUGGAUUCAGAUGGAGAAACAUAUGCAGUGCUGACAGAGCAGGUCAGGGUUCCUGUUGGAAAGCUUAUGUUGGAAUUACCGGCUGGGAUGUUGGAUGAUGACAAGGGUGAUAUAUGUGGAACAGCUGUUCGUGAGGUUGAGGAGGAGACGGGGUUACACUUAAACAUGGACGAUCUAGUUGAUCUUACUGCCUUUCUAGACCCAUCAACUGGAAACCAAGUAUUUCCAUCUCCGGGUGGAUGUGAUGAAGGCAUUGGUCUAUUUCUAUACAGAGGAAGUGUGGAUAAAGAUAUUAUAAGACAAUUACAGGGGAAAGAAACAGGUCUUAGAGACCAUGGUGAACUGAUCCAGGUCCGUGUAGUUCCCUAUCGUGAUCUGUGGCGUAUUACUGCUGAUGCAAAAGUCCUGAUGGCCAUUGCCCUCUACGAAAUGGCCAAGAGAGAUGGCUUGCUCUCACGAAAAGAUUGAGCUUGCUGUUUCAUGUGGUUCGGGUGAUUUACGAAUCUCUCCAAUGUCAUCCGAGAUUUGAUAUAGGCUAGUGCCCGAGAUCAAAAGCAACGACAUUUGUGGCUAGCAGAACAUAAAAUGGGUUUAGGUUUCUACACUGUAUCGUUGUUCUCCAAGAUGUGGGUGCUGGGAUGAUUGUAUUAACAAUAGAAUUGGUAGGUUUUGUUGCUUGUAUUCUAGCAGGGUGGAAAUAAAUCAUAUAAGCUCCACCGUGAUUUGAGAGAUAACAACCCAUCGUUACUGCAA